AUGCGUGUCCCUACAACCUUUGGCUCUCUAAUCUUGAGCGCUAGUCUUGUUGCCGCUCGCGCUUGCGCUCCCCAUCCCCGACCAACAACAAUAACAUCGGCCAGUGGCGUCGACACUAAAACCGAUGUUAGAUCUGCCUCUUCCACGCUCGCAACAACUACUUCUGGCUUGACCUCUCAAGAGACCACGACCGUGACUGAGUCUCAAACCGACGUUGAAUCUUUUGUUACACUUUCGACUUCUCUGACCGAGGAAGCAUCUCUCUCUACUCAACUCUCAACCACUUUCGGCCCAACUUCCCAAGAAACUCUGACCACCACUGAGUUUGACACCGCCGUCACGUCUUCAGCAACGCUCUCAACCUUCGAGACCUCUACAACUUCCGCCGACACUACAAGUAAAGUAACUGAAGUAACCACGACUACUGCUAGCCCUCCCGUUGAGACUACAAACAUUGUGCAAAACGGCGGAUUCGAAGAUUCCACCAUCGAGCCAUGGGAGGUGAUAGGAACCACUCCAUUUUUGCGGAACUUUAGCGCCGAAAAAGGCAAGAGUCUUUCGUUGCCUAGAGACUUCACUGACAAUGCCGCCAUUGUCUGUCAACGCGUCGCCAUUGAGCAGGGCUUUGAGUACACUUUCAAGGCGUCUGUGGCUCAAUACUGCAUUUUCUCGUUUGGUUCAAACAUUGUCGCUUGCGAAGAUAAUGCCAACAAGAUUCAAUUGACGGUUGAUGGAGUAUCUGGCUCUGACUCUGGAGAGUUAGGCAUCAUCGGUUAUAAUACUUUCAACGAGGUCUCGAAUACCUUUUCAUAUAUCGGCCCCAGCAUUGACCAGACGGAUCUUUGCAUUACCAUCAAAGUCGCCGAGGCCGCUUAUUACAUCUUUUACCUCGAUGACAUUUCGCUUAUUCGAGGAAGGGCUAUUCCUAUCCCUGAAGAGACGGAUUAA